AUGGAUACCAUCUUGGUUUUCAGCCUAAUCAUUAUAGUCUGUGAUGUUAGCAAGAAAGAACUCAAAGAUAGCAGCUGCCAUGUGGAACAGCUGCCUGGGCUCUUCCCAAAGGAUGUGAGAAGGGAUGUGCUAAUGCAAACUUGUUUACCAGGGACCUCCCAAUGUAAGGUCUAUGAAGUGAUGGGGGCUGCAUCAGAGACUUUUCCCACCACCACCUCCAUAACUCUUGGGAAUAAAGAAGGAGAGAAAACUACAAAUAUUGACGUACAGGAGAAUCUAGAGAAGAGGCAGAAAUGGAGUACUGUGAUCAAAUUUCUGAUUGCUGUUACCCUGUUGUUUAGUGGAGUCGCCAUUAUAGUGUUUGCCGUUUUUGAAGUCCCAUGCCCUGGUCAAUGCCGAGGAGCCAGAGAGCUAUGCCAAUGCCAGAGGUUGUGCAGAAAGCAAAGGAAGGAAGGCCAGGAACCUGAGGCAGCUGAAUCCCAGCUUGAAUUUCAACCCAAGAAGGAAAGUGGUCUCUGUAGGGUUGGAUGAGAUGCUCCCAAGUCAUCAAGUCCAAAGAGAGCUGCAGGGAUCACUGUCAUCCAUGAGACAUACUUCUGAAAAGUUCUUUUCUGCUUCACACAUUGAAUGGAGGAUACUACACUGACUUCUCCCUAUUAUUAACCAAUGUCGGCAGGUUCUUCUGAAUUUUACACUCGUAUCUUCAGCAAGGACAUUACAAGCAAACAGCAAUGCCAGACCAAUGAAGAAGGAGCCUGGGCUUAGCAGUCAGACUUACUCUCAUGCCAUUGCUACUGACUUAGCCACAAGCCUCUGAGAUUCACUCUGUCCAUCCACCAAAAAUGGGUAUCUUUUCAUCCCAUCCAAUGAGAACAAAAAGUCUUCCCUCUGAGCACUAUGAAUGGACCCAUUGCUCUCUUUGACAAAAGGUUUAAACAUAGCCUCCAAGGAAGUGGGCAAAGCAGCCACUAGUGUGGUACAGUUCACUAACUCCUCUGUUAUCCUCACAGUUCAUUUCAUGCUCACUGGCUCUCAACCAGCUUAGGGUGGGGGAUUCCUUUGUUCCCAAGCUGAUGUUCAUAGGGUUAUGCCUUAACCUCUGCCACCACAUGUAGCUAUCCACACACUGGUGAGGGGAGCAUAACCCUGAGCAUUCCAGAAGUCCUCCUUCUAAGUCAUCCCCAAGGGGCUUAGGGACUGCAUACAAAUAGGACACACGUGAGGUCUCCUGAUAAUCCACAACUCUUCCAAGUGGGCCUGACAUUACACCCUACAUGUGACGGUGAGCUGUGUAUAUUUUCAACAAGGAUUCCAGAGCAAGACAACUAUGAUGAUCUUUCUUACAAAGCCUCUGAGAAAGUCUGACCUGCUCAAGUAAGAGUCUGGUGAGGAAGCAGGACCAGCUGAUGUGAAAGGGAACAGGUUAAAAAAAAAAAAAA